UUUGACAGCGCUAUCAAAUCUCGUCUCCGCCAUAUUGGAAAAAGUAUUUUGUGAAGUCAUUCUCAUUGCGAAGCAGUUGAGCUAUUAUUCGUGGAAUUACGAAUUAAAGGUUUUCAUUAAAUUUUUGCUGCAGAAACUAAACGUUAAGCCGUGUACGAUGGUGGUGAAAAAGCUGAACAUCACUUCCGCCGCCGGCAUCAUCUGCCUGCUGGAUGAGCCAAUCCAGGAGCUGAAGGUUUUCGCCCUCAAGAAGCUUGACACCAUUGUGGACGAGUUCUGGCCUGAAAUUUCCGAAGCAGUGGAAAAAAUAGAAAUCCUCCACGAAGACAAAGCAUUCGGGCAGCAUGACUUGGCAGCAUUAGUGGCGUCCAAGGUGUACUAUCAUUUGGGGUCGUUCGAGGAUUCGCUAACUUACGCUCUGGGAGCGGGAGAUCUGUUCGAUGUGAAUGCCCGCAACGAGUAUGUGGACACAAUCAUCGCCAAGUGCAUUGACCACUAUACGCAACUUCGGGUGCAGAUGGCCGAAAAUCCUGGCAAGGCCAAGCCCAUCGAUGCCCGACUGGAGGCCAUUGUAAAUCGGAUGAUUCAACGGUGCCUGGACGACGGACAGUACCGGCAGGCCUUGGGAAUUGCGCUGGAAACGCGCCGAAUGGAUGUGGUUGAAUCUUCCAUCAUGAAGGCCGACGAUAUUCCCGGGAUGCUGGCCUAUGCUUUCCAGGUCACCAUGAGCCUGAUCCAGAACCGCGCCUUCCGAAAUACCGUGCUCAGAUGUCUGGUUGGACUGUACCGCAACUUGGGCGUCCCGGAUUACGUCAACAUGUGCCAGUGCUUGAUUUUCCUCGAAGAUCCGCUAGCCGUUGCCGAAUUGCUCGACGGCCUCACUAAGGGUGACGAACAUUCCGUCCUGAUGGCCUACCAGAUUGCUUUCGAUCUGUACGAAUCGGCAACGCAACAGUUCCUAGGGCAAGUGCUGCAGGCCCUCAAAGCUACGGCUCCGAUUCCUUCGGCGCUGAUUUCCAAUUUGAAACCGCAAGGCACUAGUGCAGCCACGCCUAGUGUUCCGGAAAUCAAACAAGAACCGAAAGAAGGAGAGGACGGCGAUAUCAAGGUUGAACGUACGGUCGAGAGUCUAAACGAGACGGAAAAGUCGCACCAAGCUAACAUCGAAAAGCUGGCAGGAAUUCUGUCCGGGGAGGUUACCAUUGAUUUGCAACUGCAAUUUUUGAUCCGUUCGAAUCAUGCAGAUUUGCAAAUUUUGAGAGCUACAAAGGAGGCAGUUCGAGUUUCGAUUUGCCACACGGCGACCGUUAUUGCCAAUGCUUUUAUGCAUAGCGGAACAACAAGCGACCAGUUUCUGAGAGAUAAUCUGGAAUGGCUUGCUAGGGCCACGAACUGGGCUAAGAUGACUGCGACCGCUUCGCUGGGAGUAAUUCAUCGUGGCCAUGAGACGGAAUCUUUGGCUCUGAUGCAAAGUUAUCUUCCAAAGGAAAGCGGACCAAGCUCCGGUUACUCCGAGGGCGGUGGCCUUUAUGCUUUGGGUUUGAUCCAUGCCAAUCAUGGGGCGAAUAUCAUUGAUUAUUUGCUGCAGCAGCUGAAGGAUGCUCAGAAUGAAAAUGUACGCCAUGGUGGCUGUUUGGGAUUGGGUUUGGCUGCAAUGGGCACUCACAGGCAGGAUGUUUACGAACAGCUGAAGUUCAAUUUGUAUCAGGACGAUGCAGUUACAGGCGAAGCCGCUGGAAUUGCCAUGGGUAUGGUGAUGCUUGGAUCUAAGCAUGCUCCGGCCAUCGAAGAUAUGGUGGCCUAUGCUCAGGAAACUCAGCAUGAAAAAAUCCUUCGUGGAUUGGCUGUUGGUAUUUCGCUGACCAUGUACGCUCGUCUGGAGGAGGCUGACUCUCUGGUAACCAGCUUGUCCAACGAUAAAGAUCCGGUUUUACGUCGCAGUGGAAUGUACACCAUUGCUAUGGCUUAUUGUGGAACUGGCAAUAACCAAGCGAUCCGUAAGCUGCUUCAUGUGGCAGUUAGCGAUGUUAAUGAUGACGUUCGUCGUGCAGCUGUUACUGCUAUCGGUUUUAUUCUGUUCCGUAACUCGGAGCAAUGUCCUUCAGUCGUGUCCCUCUUGGCGGAAUCCUACAAUCCGCAUGUUCGUUACGGAGCCGCGAUGGCCUUAGGCAUAGCAUGUGCUGGAACCGGACUUCGUGAAGCUAUUGCCCUGCUGGAGCCGAUGGCUAAAUUCGAUCCUGUUAACUUUGUCCGUCAAGGAGCUCUGAUUGCCUCCGCCAUGAUCCUGAUCCAACAAACCGAUCAAACUUGCCCCAAGGUCACAUUCUUCCGUCAGCUGUACACCCAAGUUAUUACAAACAAACACGAAGAUGUCAUGGCCAAGUACGGAGCUAUUUUGGCCCAAGGAAUAAUCGACGCCGGCGGACGAAACGUAACUGUCAGCCUGCAAUCAAGAACUGGUCACACCAAUCUGCAAGCAGUCGUCGGAAUGUUGGUCUUCACGCAAUACUGGUACUGGUUCCCAUUGGCCCAUUGCUUAUCCCUUGCAUUUACACCAACUUCUUUGAUUGCUCUCAACUCGGACCUCAAAAUCCCGAAGAUCGAUCUGAAAUCUGCAGCACGUCCUUCACUAUAUGCUUACCCUGCUCCAUUAGAAGAGAAAAAGCGCGAAGAGCGCGACAAGGUUGCUACUGCUGUUUUGUCCCUGGCCGCUCGUGCCAAACGUCGUACCGGAGAUAAGAAAAAAGACACCAAAACCUCUGGCGAUUCCGAUUCCAAGAUGGAAGUUGACGAGGAAACAUCUCCGACCACUAAACCGAAAGAAGAAUCAAAAACUACUACCCCGGUCAAAGACGAAGCUAAAAAGGACGACAAAAAAGACUCAAAAAAGGAUGAGAAAAAGGACAGCAAGAAAGAUGCAGCUGGUCCAGCUUCACCGGCAACCGGCGGAGAAGAAUCCACCUCUGCAGCAGCCGGGACGAGUGGCUCAACUGACGCCACCAAGAAACCCAAGGAACCGGAACCAAGCUUCGAAAUCCUGCACAACCCGGCCCGGGUCAUGCGUCAACAGCUUAAGGUGGUUAGCAUUGCCGAGGGAUCGCCGUACACUCCGCUGAAGGACGUCACCAUCGGUGGCAUCAUCAUGAUGCAGCAUAAUGCCAGUGCCGGGGAACAGGUGCUGGUCGAGCGGGUCGUUGCCUGCGGUCCCAAGAACGAUGACCUCAAGGAACCGGAAGCACCGGAACCGUUCGAGUAUAUUGAAGAUUAAACAGGAUUGUGGUUUUGAAAUUUGAUGAACUCGUAUUGUACCACUGUUUACAUUUCGUUUGCAAAUAGAAAAUAGAUGCCGCUGUA